AUGUUUGACGUCAUGAUCGGCCAUGAGCUCUCAAGAUGGGCGGAGAACUCCCUUGAAGAGUGGGUUGAAGCAGUAGAAGAAGCGAGGCUCCUUCCGGAGUUACAAAUCGAAAUAGACCUUUCCGCUGCUGGACAAGUAGUUCUGUCUCCAAAUCAGAGCGAGAUCCUUGAGACUUUCGAUUCUUUCAUUGAGGGCGUCGAAUCGUUGGCAUCGACCUUCAGCAGUAUUGAACCAGAACUCUUCCCUCAACCGGAGAUACCGGAAGAGCAUUUGUUUGCUCUCGACUCGGAGUUGGUGAUGAGUUCUAAGGAGCGUUUGAGACGCGUCUUACUCGAGGAUCUUCAAGAAGCUCUGAAGGUUGUCGAUGCAUACAGUGCUUACGAGGAGUUGAUUGCUGAACUCACCCCACCGGAAAGUGCGGAGGAGGUUGACCUCAAUAUUGUUCGUGACUUUCUAAGUCAGUGUGCUCAACGCUUAGAAGAAGUUGGUCGAGUUUGUCCUGGAGGUAUUCAGACGAGGCUCUUUUUCGUCGACACCAGUAUCGCAACGAGGAAGCUGUCCGCGAUGAUUAGUCAAGCGAGCACCGACUGCCUUCUUGCGAUGUCACAAGAACUACAGAGGAAUACCGAGGAUAUAAGGGAUGCUUACAGGUCGCUCGAUAAACAUUUCAAUACUCCAGAAAAUGAUUACGAAGCUGAGCGACUCCUCCGCAUGGUUGAGAACAUCGACAAGCAAACCUUGGACCCGCUUGAGGCGAGAAUUUCACAACUAGUUGAAGUUCUCGAUUUCUUGGAUACCUCUAUGUUCCUGAUCUCCCUUGAUCUCCGAGUAGAAAUAUAUGACCUCCGCACUAAAGCUCCCGAUGUCCGAACUGAUUUUCGCCUUUUGUGUGAAGAAUUGAAAUUGAUUUUUGAGCCUCCUGCUGAAGAUGAGGAGUCUGAUGAAUGA